UAUCUGUAGCCUAACCUAAGGUUUCCUCCAGCCGCUCACUGCCCUAACGCCCUAAGUCGCAAACAGCCCACAGAAUUGCUAUGCUCCUCCGACUGCCCACAGAGUCGCAAACCGUAGACCGCCGGAAACAAGCCGCUUCUACCGCCCACUCUCCUCUCCGGAAACACGCCUCUGCCGUCGCUGACUGAUUUUCGGAAACAAGUCGCUGCCACCGCCCACUCUCCUGUCCAGAAACUAUUUCUCUGAUUCACUGAUUUCCGGCGGUUCCGGAAUCCGUGUUCGCGACGCUGACUCCUGGCAUCCGCGCGGCGGCAGUGACUAUUUCUCCGCGGAAGCUUCUUAGCCAUCCAGGACAAACAGAUGGAAGCACUUGUUGAGAAGCUUUGCAAUAGAUUUAAUGGAGUUACAGAUGUUAGGCAAUGGGAAUAUAUUUCAUAUUGCCUCUCUCAGUUAACAUUCAAUGAGAAGAGCAUAAGAAAGCUGAUAGAGUCAUUUAAGACAUAUGAACAUGCCUUAUCUCAGGACACUGUGAUGCAUUGAAUAUGAAGCCCAGUUUUCUAAGCCAGAACUCAAGUCAUGCAUUGAAGAGUUUGAAGAAAGAUAAAAAAAAUUCCAUAUGAACAGGAAGAGCAAGAAGUUACUGCAACGAAUGCUCAAGACCAUCAACAAAAAAUGGCAAGCCUUAUGGUGAGCAAGAAAGAGGUAGAGGAAAGCAGUGAAUAUGAAGUUACUGAAGGAACAACCGAAAUCACACAUUCUCAGAAAAGAUUUCCCGAGUCAAAAACACAUUCUCAUGCUUCUAGCGAGGUGACAGAUUCAGAAUUGGAUGAGGAUGAAGUUCAAUCAACAAGAGGUAGUACCUGGACAAGUCUAUGUUGGUUGCCGAAUUUCUGGGGUGAGUAUGGCUUUUGGACAGCAUUAUUGGCACUGCUUAUUUGCCUUUUCUUCUUCUUUCCCGGUUUGAUUUAUCCACAAGGAACAACAAAGGAAGGAUUUAGGAACAUUUUGGAUGAGUUUUGGAAGCAAAGAAAUCUAAGGUUGGAAAGGACCAUCGGAGCAAUUAAGGAAACAAAAAGCAAAAUUGGAAGGCACAUCACGGUCAUGCACAUGGUCGUGAGGCUGCCCGAGACUGAAUUACGAGAUUCUGGGUUCGCGACCUGCUCAUGGCCGUGACUCGUGAGGCAGGCCGUGAGCGGUUUGAGCAGUUUUAUUUAAGUUGCGAUUUUUCUGCACUUUUGGGGAUUUCGAGCCCUAGUUUAGUUUAGCUUAUUUUUCCUUCUCCCUAUAGUUUUCCCUAGCAUAGUUUAGCCUAGAUUUACAUACUUUGAUUUACUUUCAAGCUUGAAAUCGUGGAUUUGAGUUGGAUUUACUCUUUAAUUGUUAGUAAAGUUUUCUUUCUGCUUAUUGCUUUUA